ACAGUAGCUCAACUGAUCCUGAGUUAUGUCGGAAUAUCAAAGUGUAAGUGAAGUGGCCUAGAGACCUACAUUUUGUGUUUUUUAAGGUAUUAUCCAUUUCUGUGGCGGAACUUUAAAGCAUAGUAUUUUCCUGAGCAACGUAGAUGAUAAAUGAUAAAUUAUUUGAACGAAAAAAUCUAACAAUUCCAACUGACCAUCCGUGAAUAAUGCACGAAGACUCUCCUAGAAUGAGUGUUGCGCAGAGUCUGGCCGCCUCUACCAGCCAGGCGAAAAGCGAAAUCGUAAUGGAAGCCCCAGAAUAUGAGAUAAAUUGCGUCGAAUCAAAACCAACAGAAAAUGUUGAGAUGGAAUUGAAAAUCGCAUAUGUAAAUCCCUCCAGUGGAACCGGUGAACCAGGCGCAUACUUGCCUGCAGCCGGCACUGUAUGCGACCAAACUGACACCAAGGAUGUUAUAGAGGAGUUGUGCCCCGUUUGCGGAGAUAAAGUCAGUGGUUAUCACUACGGUCUUCUUACUUGCGAGUCCUGCAAAGGGUUCUUCAAGCGGACCGUUCAGAACAAGAAAGUGUACACGUGCGUCGCCGAGCGCGCUUGUCACAUUGACAAAACACAGAGGAAACGAUGUCCAUUCUGCCGCUUUCAAAAAUGUCUGGACGUCGGCAUGAAACUUGAAGCCGUGCGUGCCGACCGUAUGCGCGGCGGUCGCAACAAGUUCGGUCCGAUGUACAAGCGCGACCGCGCCCGCAAGCUACAGAUGAUGCGGCAGCGUCAGAUCGCCGUGCAGACAUUGCGCGGGUCACUGGGCGACGGCGGACUCGUGCUAGGGUUCGGGUCGCCGUACGCGUCGGUGCCGGUGAAGCAGGAGAUCCAGAUCCCGCAGGUGUCGUCGCUGACGUCUUCGCCGGAGUCUUCGCCGGGGCCGGCGCUGCUGGCGCCGCCGCAACCACCGCAGCCGCCACCGCCACCCGCACAUGACAAGUGGGAAGCGCACUCGCCGCACUCCGCCUCGCCGGACGCCUUCGCCUUCGACGCGCCCGCCACCGCCGCCGCAACCCCCUCCAGCACCGAGCCCACCACCACCGAGACCCUUCGCGUCUCCCCCAUGAUCCGCGAGUUCGUUCAGACCAUCGACGACCGCGAGUGGCAGAACUCGCUCUUCGGACUCUUGCAAAGCCAAACUUACAACCAGUGCGAGGUCGAUCUCUUCGAAUUAAUGUGCAAAGUGCUGGACCAAAACCUAUUCUCACAGGUCGACUGGGCGAGGAACACCGUGUUCUUUAAGUAUUUAAAGGUCGAUGACCAGAUGAAGCUAUUGCAGCACUCAUGGUCCGACAUGUUGGUCUUAGAUCACCUCCACCAGAGGAUGCACAACGGGUUACCGGAUGAGACUACGCUACACAACGGACAAAAAUUCGACCUCCUCUGCUUGGGUCUUCUCGGUGUACCAUCUCUGGCUGAUCACUUCAAUGACCUCCAGAACAAAUUGGCUGAGCUGAAAUUCGACGUGCCGGAUUACAUAUGCGUGAAAUUUUUGCUUCUUCUCAAUCCGGAGGUGAGAGGCAUCGUGAACGUGAAGUGUGUGCGAGAUGGAUAUCAAACUGUGCAAGCUGCGCUCCUCGAUUACACGCUCACCUGCUAUCCAACGAUACAGGAUAAGUUCGGGAAAUUGGUGAUGGUUGUCCCAGAAAUACACGCACUAGCAGCCCGAGGGGAGGAACAUCUAUAUCAGCGACAUUGCGCCGGGCAGGCCCCUACGCAGACCCUCCUCAUGGAAAUGCUACAUGCCAAGCGCAAGCCAAACGGAGGCGAAAUGGUUAACCGGAAUGCUGAGCACACUUCGACUCUAGACAGAUUGUGCGGUUUCCUGCCAAGUGACACGAUUGAGCCGCAUUCGCCCAUAUAGAAUCUUGAACUCCCAGUGACGUGUAAAGAUAAGAGAGAAGAUGCGCCAAGCGCUCCUGACAACUACAUCAGAUAAAAUAUUUUACAAAUAUUACUUAUCUCUUAGUUUUAGUUUGUAACUUGGUGUGUGAUUAAUUAUAAUAAGUUAUUGCACCGAGCGCCGGCCGAAGCGCCGCGCGUGCCUAGUCCCAAUACAGAUAAAACAAAUAUUUAUCUAUCUAAUCUGUUACAUAAAUAUACAGGAUGUUUUACACCAGUCUCGUGUAGCUAUGAUUUAUUUAUUGAGCAGCCUAUAUUGUGUUAUUUCAAAAUUAAUUAAGUUUAUAUCUACAUUAAAUAGACUAGAGUCAUUUUAACACCGGUGCGAAGGGAAAAUAUUAUAUAUACAUUUAGGAAAGCGUCUGUGAUUAUAAAUGAUGAAAUUUGGAAACCGCUGUAAUGAUAGUGGAGGUCGUAAUGUAUAAAUGUUAGUUUAUUUGCAGUACCUAUGCAUAAGCGGCAACGCCCGCACCUUGAUUUCGUGUUACUUAUUAACUUUACGGUUUACCUUUUCUUUAAGACUAUGUAGCACUGCAAAGUACCGUUUUCACUGAUGUCUAAUUGGAGUGACGCGGUAAUUGCUUCUCGUCUUAAACGGCGGCAACUCACUUACUUAGCCGAUCAAUUUCAGAUUUUAUGAAGAGUUGAUAUUUGAAAAUUAGAAUCGUCUAUGUAUAUUGUAAGAAAUUAAGUGUUCGCAAAUAAAAUCAUGUUUUUAAAAAUACAGUUAUUCCCUAAAGAUGUUUAUCUCAAUGUUGUAAAUUAAAUUAAUCAUUGAUAUUUUUAUCGGCCGUGUCAGUACAAAAAAAAAAUUAUAAUCCUUGUAAAUAUUAUAUUAGCACAGUACAGUGAUUUAUUCUACUUAUAUAAUGUAAUUAUGUAAAAUAUUUUUCAACAUACGUGCAAGAGAGCCUUAAAAAUCAUAGAUUUUUAAAAGAAAUGGGUACUAGCGUCUAUCGGCCGAUGGCCAACCGAGACGAUGUAUUUUUAUAAAGCAUAUUGUUCUUUAUUAACAUAUAUGAUAUGUUAACUGAAAGUACAUGAUUUCGUAUUUUUCUAAUAUAAAUAUAGUAGCGUACGUAAACAAGUGUAAUGAUCAACUUAUAUUGUGGAAAUGGUUAUAUAUAAUAUAUUAAUGUAAUUAAUAACAACGUCGGUCGUGUGACACAAGACUACGUAUGCGUUGUGCGAUUUAUUAAGUUUGUUUCGUUUUUCGCUAAUUAUUGCGCCAGUUUUAUGGCAGAAGAGACCCUCUGCGCGUAGGGCAGAAAGAGUUUUGAUGGGGCUAAAUGUACACUUGUGUAUGUAACGAAAAGAUUUUAGUUAAUCGAAAAUGUGAUUAAUGGUUUGUGUUUCAAAGUGAAUGUUUAUAUAUUUUUAAAUUUUAAUUAUCAUAGUGUCGUUGCACCAAGUGCAAAUGUUAUAGUAAGCCGCAUCAACGACUAAGUAUGGUAGAUAUUGUUAUAAAUAAAGAUUUUUCUUUUGAUUUGGCUUAACGGCUCUUUUCUAUCUUAGCUUGUUAAACGUAAUACAUAAGUUAUGGGCACCGUGUUUUUGUCUAUUACCGUCCAGUGAACAGAACUUGUCGUCUUGACGAAAACAAAACAUUAGGUUCUUAAAAUAUACGUCAUAAAUUUAUGUACAACUCGGGCGAGCGGAUUGUGAAUGCAAAUUGUUUAACAGCUACCAGAGUUUCUGUUUAAUUUUUUAUCGUUUUGGCAAUAGGAUUUAAAGUAAGUACCUGGCGUAUAAUUAAAAUACGGAUUUAUAUAAAUAUCAACUUUGAUAAAGUUCCUGGAAACAAUGUUGUGGUAUGUUUUAUAGAUUAUACAAGAUACGUUCAGUUUGCCUGAAGAACAAGUAAUUUUAUAUGAGAACAAAAUGUAAUGAGUUGUGCCUCCUAUCGGAAUUUUACGAAAUUUGUUUCUAGAACGUGUCAAGACUUUUCAUUACACCGACUAGCACGCGCACGUUCUCCACACGAAUAAAUACAUUGGCUAGUAUCAGUUAGGAACCCCACUUGUGUACUUCUCUUUUUAUCUAAAAUAGAAAUAAUAAUUAGUGCAUUGUAUUGUGAAGGUGCGAUAUGAACAGAUUUUGAUUUUUUUUUUCUUGUUCGUAGUAAAUUUUAAAAUACGAACUCAAUAAAUAAAAAUAAAAAUGGAUUUAAAUACCAAUAAAAUACAAUUUAAUAUUACUCUAGCGGUAAACUAUGCAUUCAAAGUCGAUCGCAGCUUCACACUCGUAGACGCUUUAUCGAAGGCAAAGCUGAUCUGUGAUGGUAUGAAAUAGUUAGGUACAUUAGACUGUGUGGGUUUCGUAUUAACUUUAGAGGCAGCACGACAGAUUGCGACAAUUUUUUUAAAUCUUCCAAUUUUAUCCACAACAUAUUUUAAAAGUGACCUAUUUUAUAUGCACCUGGUUUGGAAAAUUUUAUUAUUUUCGCUGACCGGAAUAGCAUCACUCUUUUCAAAUCCCCUUUACCUUAAUUUCCUUUUAAUGUUUUACCGAAUAUAAUAUACCAAACGUUUGUUACCAUUUUACAGUAUUUUUGUACACCAGAACUAUUUUAUUUAUUAUUUUUAAUUUAUACAGUAUUAAUUAAAAUUAAUUCGAUCGUUUAACACAUAACAAGGAGUCUAAAUUUGCCUCGAAAGUAAUAUUUUAAUCACCUUACAUUUAUAUUUUUAGUGUAUUUAUGUAUUAAAUAAUAUUAUUUUUAUUAAAAACGUGUGUUUCGUGUAAAUUUUGCAAUUUUAGUAUGAUUAUAUUUUUAUUAUUUAACUUCAUAAUAUAUAUUUAUUCUAUGCAUCUAUAUCUGACACAUACUAAACGACAUGUAUAAUAGUAUUUUUAAUUUAUUUUUAUUAUUUGACAUAUAGUACGAACUCUUAUGUAAAUACAUCACAUAUAUAAAUAUAUACUACAUACAUUACAUCCGCGUGAUUUUGUCUGUAACUCAUAGCGGUGAUCAAAAUAGGUGUUACUAUGUCGUGUGCCAUUUUAUAAAUGAUUGUACUGGAUUGUAACUGCGACAGUCGAAGGGAGAAAGGGAGGUCCACAGUCCCUAUAUAGUCCAGUUCAAUGGCUAGAAAGGUGGUAAAUUACUACAAUGCCACCUUUCUUAAAAAAUUGACUUGCAGGGGCAAAUUAAACUAAAAUGAAAUGCCCCGAGUUCUAGUUUAAACAACACCUAUCUGAUCGUCCGUUUUGACGUUAUUUGGGUCGACAUGCCACGGCAUUUUCUUUAUAAAAGAAACUUAGACAAUAACGGUUAUCGUGGUGCCAGAGUUCAUAUUACUAAUUUACUUUUUAAACAGUUUGAUCGCUGCUUCACUUUUAUAUCGUUUCGCUUCACUUCCGUUCGACAAUUAUAUUUAAUUGAAUAAUAGAGUUAAAAAAUUAUGCUUGUAACAUUAAACCCACUAUUUACGUCUAAGAUUAGGUUGUAAAGUACAGCGUAAUGUUGUAUGUAGGUUUCUUGUAAGUAAUAUCUAUAUUUAUGAAUUUAAAAUUUAAGUAUUUUAAACUAUUAAGGUACACGUGAGUGUUCUAUGUACAUGUACAUUUUGAGUUCAAUUAGAUGUUAAGAGAGAAUAAGUAGUCGGAUGAACUGCGCGGCGGCGAGAGGCGAGAGGCGAGCGGCCGCUUCGAGCGUUCGGGCACUGUUACUUCGCUCAGAUUCGCUCGCGCAGUACGCUUGGAACAACUGACGGGGCUGCCUCGAGUCACGAUUUUUGAUCGGGGUAAACUUUUCGUAUAAAUCAUCAUCACACAUACUUCAUUUGAUGUAGUUGACGACAAGAUAGGGCGGGAGGAUCAAACGCGUCACACACACAUUCCAAACUAAAAGCUAAGUGGCGCGCGUCGACGAACGCGUUACUAUUUGUAAGUUAACCACUUUGUUGUUCAUUAACGAUAAGUUAGGUUUAAUCUCAGUCGAUGUUGUUUAAUUUAGUCUGUGUAUAGUAUUCUAUCAAUUAAGAUCGUGUGAGGAUGUGAAUUUGAGCGAAUCGACAGGCCUCUGCCUGAAAGUUUUAUAGUAGGUGUAAAUCUUUAAGUACCUAAUUGAUUACUUUGCACCUAACUUCAUUUUGCGAGCCGUGUUAGUUUUAUUGAUUGUACAUAUAGCUAGGGCGAGGUAUACAGUUUUCAUUCAGUUUUAAAUGGUUAUUGUUGAAUCUGAAAAUGUGGGGCUGGCAAAUACCAAUGCAAUGUCGCAUUUGCUGUUAAUAAAUUUAAUAAAUCUAUCUGAUACCAUAGAUGUAUAGCUAUUUAUGUGUUAAUAUUGCUUAACUGGUGUAGAGGCCGUGGCCAGAGUUGAAGAUGAGCCUCUAGGCCCAUGCGCAUUAGCAAGGCCUAGCGCAUUCUUCGCGCCGCCAUUGGAACGCAACCCUCGCAACUAUGUUCAGCGACCGCUUUAUGUUUUUAUGAAUUGUAAUACCUAAGUACACCCGUUAAGUUCUGCCAUUCAAGGCUUUUUAUUUUUGUAAGGUUGCUACCAUUUUAACUGAAUUAAUCGAAAAAUGAUUUUUAUUUGUCGACCAAACUAACGACACUUACGCAAUUUUAUUUUUUAUAGAUUUAUUGUUGCUGUAAUUUUUUUUCGAAUAAAAAACUUGAAUUGUUACCAAUUGUUUAAUUAUAAUAACCAAUAACUUAGCGUUACAAUGCCACUUGCUAUUAUUAUCCAGUUAGGAAUGGAGCAACCGGCGUUAUCUACCGCAGCCACACAUGUACCAUGUCAUUACCUCACGUUACGUCUUUUGUAUAUUACAAAUUGAUAGUUACUUGUUGUCGCUAAAUCUUUUAAACUUAUUUUUAUUGUCAAUAUUGUUUCGAGAUGUCAUUAAGUUUCAAACUGUGAACACAAUGAUCUAUUUUUAGAUAUCCACUUAGAUACGUGUUAUAUGGCGGUGUAAGACGUCGACCGUGCAUUGUCAAUGUAUUUAUUUUCAUUAAUAAAUAUUGUGAGACGCACGAACGAGCCGGCGGCGUCGGCAGACGCCGCGUCGUCGCCCGUUAUUGUAGAAAUAAAUCAUAUUUUCGUUU